UCUUUUCUUCCCUCUCUUCCUCUCCGUCUCCCUCGUCGUCUUCAACAAAAUCCCCAAAAAGAAAGCAAAAAACUUUCUGACUUUUCCUCUUCUUUUCUUCUUUCUUUUCGUCUGAUCUAAUUAAACCCAAAAUUGAAGCAUUUUGAUGUAAUUAAACCCUAAAUGGAAGGCAAAGCAGAAGGGUUAAGCUCAAAUUUGAGGCUAAUAAUGGAGAAAGGUCCAUUGGAGGGCCAAACCCUAGAGUUCAUACCCGGAUCCAAGAUCCAAGUCGGUCGAAUAAUUCGCGGGAACACGAUUGCCAUCAAAGACGCCGGGAUUUCUACUAAGCAUCUGGCAAUUGGUUUUGAGGACAAGUCUGGAAAUUGGAGCUUAUCAGACCUUGGGUCCUCCAACGGCACUUUUUUGAACGGUAAUGGUCUUGAGCCUUUUUCUUCGGUGCAGCUCUCCGACGGCGAUGCGAUUAAGAUAGGUGAGUAUACUUCGAUCCAAGUUGAAAUUCGUGCUACGGUGGAGGCGGAGGAGAUUAAAGUGAGGAGAAAUCCCACGAGGCGGAGGGCUGGGAAAUUAGGGGUGGUUGAUGAAAGUAGUGAGUUGGGAUUUGGGGAGAAAAAUGAGGAUAAUGAGAAUGGGAGGUGUCAAAUGGGGAAAGGCGAGGGGGUUUUGGAAAUUAGUGAAGUUUUGGGUUCUAAGGAUUUGAAUGAAGGGGACAAUGAGAAAAUGGAUAAUUUAGGGAGAAAAGAGAAUUUGAGGAGGACUCGAAGCAAGAACAAGGAGGGAACUUUGGAAGAUAAAAUUGGAGUUAGAAAUGUUGGGGGAAAUGAGAAUGUGGGGCGAGGCGAGGCUGUGGCAAAAUUGAGACUGAGGAGGGGUAGGCGCGCAAAAAAGGAAGAGGGAUUAGGGGUUUGUGCAGACACUAAUCAGAAUGUUGCUGAUGGGGUGGAAGGAAAGCAAGUGCAAGUACAGAGUUCGAAGAGGAUUACUAGGAAUACGAGGAAGGGAGGAAAUUUGGAGAGUAAAGAAAUAGAAAAGGUUUUGACAGUUCCUGCAGUGAAGGAUGAGGAAAAUAUCAGUGUUAAGAGGGUUACUAGGAGUGCAGUGGAAGAGGGAAAUGUAGAGAAUCUUGAAGAACUGGGUAAUAAAAAUACCAAGAAAGGUAGAAGGGGGCGGAGAAAUUUGAAGGUGGAGACUCCGAUUGAUACUGUUAAGGAGGAAAUUGUAAAAGCAGUUGAGACAAUUGAGAUAGUGGGUUUGGAGGUGAACAAGGAUUAUCCAGUGGAGGAGGUGUUGGAAGAGGAGGAAGGUAGAGUUGUUGAUGGGAUGCUGGUGAAGGGGGGAAGGAAUUCUGGUAUGUCGGAUUCUGGUGCAUUGGGACGUUUGUCUGAGGUUAAAAAUGGUAAUUCGUCCGUGCUGGAUUUGGAGAAGAUGACUCUAGGGGACUGGCUUGACUACUUGGAGGUCCAUUUGCCAAAGCAAAUUGUUGACGAUACAGAAGAGAUGAUAUUGGGCAUGCGACAAAAAGCUGAGAAAUUUCAUGAGUUUAUGAUACAACAGAAGAAUUCCAAAAAGCAAGGUUGAAGUGCUUCUGGAGUAGCUUAAAAUAGGAUGCAAUGAAGAACCUUUGAAUGAAUCCUGUGAUGCAAUAUCUCUUGAAUGGUAUUAUGGAGGUUCUCCAGCAAGGUUCUUUUUGGACACUGACCUUUUGUGUAUCUAUUUUUCUUAAAAGUCUAGCAAGUAAGCUGACAAAAUCUAAUAAUUUGUCUAGUUCUGUUAAAGUUAGUUGAUGAACAGCUUAUCUUGUAUAUUUGGCAUGGUGCUGCUUCCUGGUGGAAAGACGAGUAAGCGGUUAAAUUGCAGCGGUCAUGCUCAGUUCAUGUAAAUAUAAAUAUUCUCUGAAAGGGCAGU